AUGCCGUUGGAGCUUGCGGAAAUUGACGAGACCUUGGCGCGUCAGAAGCGUGACCUCGAGCUGAUCGCGAACUUUCAGCAUCUUUUCAACUCCCUAGAAGGAGAGGCUGGAGGCAAGCCCAAGGGACUGAAGGUCACCGAAGAGAAUUUUACUACUGCCUGGGAGUCGCUCUGCAGUCGAUACGACAACAUUUUUCUUAGGUUUUCCACUCACUUCAAUGCGUUGCUCGCGCUGCUUUCGUCGGCUAAAGAGACAAGCGCGCAUUUGAGUGGCCUUCUCAAUACGACUAACGAAAGCAUAAACGCCUUCAAGUCACUAAAGCUUCAUAUUGAACACUGGGAUAUAGUGUUCAUUCAAUGCAUCGAGUCCAAGUUAACUCCUGCAACACGCAUGGAUUGGGCGAAGCAGACCUUGGACAGAGUUGAGACCGUAACUCAGGCAUCAGCAGAUUCCAAGGGCAAAUCUUCUAACGGUCAACAGGGAAACUCAGGCAAGCAACCAAAGGGGAAGAACACCGCUGUUCACACGACAGUUUCCUCUACUUCAAAAUCGAACAGUUUGAAGUCCUCGGACCCUGGUUCCUGUGCGCAUUGUCAAGGACCACAUUUCAUUAGCAGGUGCAAGAGCUUUACCGCUCUUUUGCAGGGCAAACGAAAGCACCUUGCUGUCAACAAAAGUCUUUGCACGAAUUGCCUCAGCAACCGUCACAAGGUCGACGAGUGCAAAUCUCAAGGGCGGUGUCUCGUGUGCGCUGGGUUGCAUCAAACGCGACUUCACCAAGACGGACAGCAUUCCGGAUCUACAACGCAACAUCUCUCCGAAUCCUCAAGGGAAACCACCGCACAUGUUACAUUCAGCUCUCCUCAGAUUCUUAGUGAGUUCUGCGGCACUGAGCAACUUCUAACGACGGCCGUAGUCACCUUGCAAUUUGAGACUGGGGUGUCUCUGACUGCGGGCGUGCUCCUGGAUUCCUGCGCAGAGCAAUGCAUCGUUUCGGAAUACGUUGUCCAGGCGCUCAACUUCAAACGCAAACCCGCUCACGUCAUUGUCAACGGCACGGGCGGCACUUUAAAUGCCGUUGCUCAGAGUCGCGUCGGACUCAUUCUGAAAUCGCAACGAGAUGCUAAUUUUUCACUUAAGGUCCCAGCUUUGGUGUUGAAAAAAAUCCCCAAUCUGGUGCCCAAACGGCGGGUCAAGCCUCAGGAGAGGUGGAGCCAUCUUGACGGCCUUCACUUAGCCGACCCUCACUACGGAGCGCCCAGCAAAGUGGACUGCAUCAUCAGCUUGGCAGUCUUUGGCGCCGCUAUGCUACCUGGAGUGCGGAAAGCUGUCAAUCCUCUUGAGGUUCCGAUAUCGCACGAGACCGUCUUCGGUUGGGUCCUCAUAGGCAGCGCAGAACCGAAUAACGAUCUCAGCAAAAGGACUUCCGUGCAUCACGUAUCCGUCGACCAUGAGCUUACUAAAACUGUGGCCAGCUUCUGGGAGACAGAGGAGAUCCCGCGUGUGCAUCAGCUGGCGCCGAGCGACCAGGACUGUUGGGACCAAUUCAAGAAGACGACCUUCCGCAACAGAGAGGGCCGCUACGUUGUACGGCUGCCCUUCUCCAAAACCCGUCAAUUUUCUGGCAUCGACACGACGGGGCGGGCCUGCAUAAUGCGUCUCGAACGUCAAUUUGCCAAACAACCCGACGUCGCAUCCGCAUACUCUGCCUUCAUUGCGCGAGUACAUCGACCUCGGCCAUAUGGAGAUGGUUCCGGAGAGCGAGGUGGCAACAACCCAGGCCUAUUAUCUACCACAUCACCCCGUUUUCAAAAGGGACUGCUCCAUGCUGGUCCUAAGUUGCAGGAGGAUCUAUUGGUCGUGCUGUUGAGAUGGUGCUUCUUCCGGUAUGCAUUCACCUGCGAUGUGGUGAAAAUGUUUCUCCAGAUGCUAAUACACCGGCAGGAUUUGGACUGGCAGCGCAUCUUCUGGAGGUUCUCACCCGAGACGCCAUUGCUUUCGUACCGCCUGCUCACAGUGACAUAUGGUACCGCCUCUGCACCGUUUUACGCCAACGCCUGUCCAUUGGACCUCGCCGAAGUGGAGGCACAUUGA